CUCACAUUGCUUAUUUAAAUAUCUUCUCUCCAACAUUGAAAGGAUUGGGAUGUUUUAAUCCACACAGGCUGUUCAGGUGCUUAUUCAAUCUUUAGUCAUUUUGAGACUGGACUACUACAACUCUCUGAUGUUUUGUCCUGAGAAUCGAGUUCCCUGCAGUCGGCGAGGUCCGAGCAGCGUCCGUCCACCGCUGGUCCACACACACACAGGACGAGUGCAGCACAGAGCCAGGAAACACACUGCAUCUACAGGCACAGAGGGAACAGAAGAACAAGUCAGAUCCUGUACACCAGCAUGCAGAGCUGCUUCACUCUUCAUACCCACAGUGAAGCGUGUUCUCUCAAUCAAUCUCUAUAGACGUGAAUGAUCCAGAAGAAAAAGAAGCGACGUUCUUCCGUUCUUUUCUCCUAGUGAGCCGCAGAGAAGAAAGAGAGAGAGAGAGGAAGAAAGAAAUGUAACAACCAGGCUACAGGUGCUCUACAAGAAGCCGAAUCACUCCAUCAUCUGCAGAGAAACACUAAUGGGAAGAGGGACGCCGUUUUUCAGAAGACAUCUUCGCUCUCGCAUCACUGACGAGGUUAAUGGUGAAAUCAUGCGUCUCUGAGCUGUUGUGGAUCCUUUGGGGUUUUCUGAUGGAGGUUGGGACGCUUCUCCCCCUCCUGAUGGUGGUGUUGGGGGUCGGGGCGAGCGAGGACGAGCGGGUCGGCGCCUCGCAGUGCGGCGAGUACAGUAACCAGGUGAUGAAGGAUGGAACGUGCAAACUGGUGGCCACUUUGCCCCAGAUGGAUGAGCAUCGCUGCCCCGAUGUGUUCCGCUGCACAGACGAGGUCUCCUACUGGCUGCAUGAGAACGAGGAGCGCAAGCAGCAGAUCCUGGCUCUGCACGAGACCAUCUCCGAGCUGCAGGAGGAGCUGAGGAACCAUCGGCACCGAGUCAAAGUGCUCGAGCUGCAGAGUGAAGAAAAGUCUCGUCUGAACUCGUCUCAGGAGCAUCGUGUCCGUGAGCUGGAGGCUCAGUAUGCAGAUGCCACCACGCUGCUGCACGUCCAGGGUUCGCUCCUCUCCGACCUGCAGGUUCAGAUCCUCAACCUCUCCAUGCUGGUGGAGAAAGUGCACCGGAACCCUGGGUGUAUGAUCAACAUCGUGCGUACCAGUCCUCUGCUGAGCAACCAGCACACGCUGCACCCUGAGAUGCAGCACGUCAGAAACUGCCCCAUCGACUGCGCCUCCAUCUAUUACAACGGAGUACGGCGGUCCGGGAUCUACACCGUGGUGCCGUCUCUAGGAGCCAUGCCUGUGGAGGUUUACUGCGACAUGGACACGGACGGUGGCGGAUGGACGGUGAUUCAGCGUCGGCAGGACGGCUCGGUGAAAUUCGACCGCGGCUGGAAGGAGUACAAGGACGGGUUCGGAGACCUGCGUACGGAGUACUGGCUCGGGAAUCGCCACAUCCACGACCUGUCCACCCAGGGAGACUACGUGCUGCGCGUUGACAUGGAGGACUGGAGCGGCAAACGCAAACACGCUCUGUACCAGAAUUUCAGGAUAGAGGAUGAGGCGGCCCAGUACAGGCUUCACAUCUCUGGCUUUAGCGGUACUGUGGAAGACUCGUUCAGUUGGUAUCACGACAAACAGGACUUCAGCACACCCGACACGGGGAACAUCUGUGCCGAGAUCUCACACGCAGGCUGGUGGUACAACCAGUGUUUCUACGCCAACCUGAACGGCGUCUACCACAAGGGUGGACGUUACGCUCCGAAAGGGAAAAAUACACUCGGACCCAACGGUAUCGUCUGGUUCACCUGGAAGGACACGGAUUACUAUUCGCUGCGUAAGGUGGCCAUGAUGAUCCGCCCACGCACUUUCCGACCCCACCUGUCCCCAUGAUACACUCGGACACAACCGGCCAAUCAGAGCUGAUGAAGCUGAAGAACUGAAUGGUGACUUCACGUCCUGUGUGGUGGGACAUAAGGCUCAUCCUUUACAUGUAUAUAAAUAUAUAUAAUUAUAUAAUAAACACCGAUCAGACACAUUGAA